AUGCUUACCGCCUCCGAGCGAUGCUUCCUCUCGGGAAUGCUUCCCGUCUCCGAGCGAUGCACCCUUGAGGGAUUGAUUCAUGCCUUCCGCCUCCAGGCAAGGCUAAAAUACCGCCUCCGAGCGAUGCACCCUUCGGGGAUUGAUUCAUGCCUUCCGCCUCCGAGCAAGGCUAAAAUACCGCCUCCGAGCGAUGCACCCUUUGGGGAUUGA